CCGGCUUAGUUCGAAUCAGAAUGUCUAAUCGCAAAGAGUGUAGCUGGGUGCAGCGGCUGCUGCUGCUAAUAUGCAUACUUCCAGCGAGGGUUAUCACCAAUUAUAUACCAAAUCCCUGCCAAAUUGGUCAGGGAAAUGCCAAUGGCGGUUGCAGCCCCACUAUUGUGAAUGUGUAUAAUAACCAGUGCGGGGGUCAAACAGGGAUUGUAUGCAAUCCUCCCAAUCCUGUGACUACUGUUCUUCCUGGUACUCCCGGUUGCCCCAACACUCCUCAAUAUCCUACAGUGAAUCCGGUUGUUCCUAGUACUCCCGGUUGCCCCAACACUCCUCAAUAUCCUACAGUGAAUCCGGUUGUUCCUAGUACUCCCGGUUGCCCCAACACUCCUCAAUAUCCUACAGUGAAUCCGGUUGUUCCUAGUACUCCCGGUUGCCCCAACACUCCUCAAUGUCCUACAGUGAAUCCGGUUGUUCCUAGUACUCCCGGUUGCCCAAACACUCCUCAAUGUCCUACAGUGAAUCCGGUUGUUCCUAGUACUCCCGGUUGCCCAAACACUCCUCAAUGUCCUACAGUGAAUCCGGUUGUUCCUAGUACUCCAGGUUGCCCCAACACUCCACAAUAUCCUACAGUGGAUCCAAUUCUUCCUAGUCCUCCCAUUUGCCCCAACACUCCUCAAAAUCCUUGCACAACACCUACACCAACAACAACUCCCCCAAGUGUUACUGAACAACCAGCGCCGGCACCUAAGUCUACACCUCUCCCGACCCCAAUCCCAGUCACUAUGCCACCACCAGCUCCCAUUAUCCGAUGUCCAGAGGGAACAAUCUUGGUGAGAGGUGUCUGCCGUCUACUUUUCUGCGGAGAAAAUAGCUUAUACGCCGAAGGUCGCUGCAUUCGGACCCGCUGUCCAGCAGGAUAUGUUUGGACGGGAAUCCGGUGCUCGAAACCACAGCCAUUGGAACUCGGUACCAUCCACAUAGAGAACACUAUUCACCAGCUGCCUGGAACACAGCCCCCCCUGAUCCUAAACAAUGUGAACAACGUCAAGGUAAACGCCUCCAUCACUAUCCCAGGACUAGUCUCUGAGGAGGAAGAGGAUGAGGAAGUGGUGGCGCCGCAGCCACCUUCAACACCCUGCUGCAUUGUAUACGCUCCUCGGGUCUGCACCAACCAGGUGGGUCAAGUGCAGUACAAGUGCUUCAGCAGGAGCCAGCAGCAGUGUGGUUCCUUCUGCAGUGCCAACAAGGUGAUGCUCGCUCCGCCAGCAGUUACUACCUGGACGCAGUCCAACAACCAGAUGGUGGUCAUCCCUCCCAACUGGGCAGGUCAGGGCUGCCAGUCCAAUUAUGGCACUUGUCAACAACCUCAGAACCUCUAUGACUGCAGUGGCUGUGCGUUGGCUGACUUUUCGACCUGCUCCUCGUACUGCUACUCCUACAAAUGCAGCACCCACAACUGUGCCUACUAUGAUCAGGCCCAAUACUGCUCCCAAUACGCUGGCCAAAUCGGAUGCCGGCCGGAAGAUGGAUGGGCUCUGAGUGGAUAACUCUCGAAAAGGGCAAAAUAUAUAA